AUGGGCGAUGAACCAAACGCCAGUUUAAGAAUUGAUCAACCCUACAGGUCGAUUGGAAAUGCUUCGGGUGCCACCGCCUGUUUAUCUGAUUUUGGUGUUGAAUAUUCGAAAUCUGGUAAAGAAACUUGUGUACUUUGUGAAUCGAAAAUUUCCCUGAAUGAAGUCCGAAUCUCUAAAACUGAUGAAGAAUCUGAUGCUGCCGUGAGACUUGGUCGAGCUUUACCAAGAUUUUUCCAUGUUGAUUGUUUUGUCUCCGCUCGACAAGAGUUGGGUUUCUUUGAUUCUGCUGAUAAGUUACCUAAUUUUGAUGGACUUGAGGCCUCUGAUCGACAAAUACUCAAGAAAAAGUUACCCAAAUUAAGUGGAACCAAACGAAAAGUGGCAGCUGAAACUAAUGGCACUAAAGGCCAAAGUGAGCCUAAGAAAAGUAAAGUUGACAAAGCGGACAAAGAACUAGAAAAAUCACUUCAAGAACAAUCAAAUCUGUUGUACAAAUACAUCGAUCAAUUGAAAACAUUGAAAGCCAAUGAGCUCGAUGUUCUACUUUUGCACAAUAAUUAUGAUCCACCAAAAGAUAGAGGACGAAAAGCAGAAGUUGUUGCUGACGCAAUGGCGUUUGGUGCCUUAAGUAAAUGUCCUGAGUGUAAAACUGGUCAGCUGUAUUUCCGUAUUGCUGGUUACAUUUGCAGUGGAAUGGUUUCUGAUUGUGUCAAGUGUGUCUACGAAACUGUAAAACCAGCUCGUAAACCAUUCAAAGUGCCUACUGAAUACAAAGAAAUCUACGAAUUUUUGGCUAAAUACAAGUAUAAACCUCGAGUCCGAGUUAUGGGUAAAGUUCAAGGGCCAGUCGACGCAGUGGACAUAGCUAAAGUGGCAUCAUCAUCAAAUGGAAAUGAUAAUGAAAGUGAACAUAAAAUUGAUCCAUCGAAGCCAUUAAAAGAUCAUAAGAUCGUCAUAUUUGGCAAACUUGGUAAACCAUUGAAAGACUACAAGAAAGCAAUCACAGAUUUGGGUGGUUCAGUUGUUACCAAUUUCGAUCGAACAGUUUUAUUCGGUAUCACCAAUGACAAAGAAAUCGAUAAAGGAUCGGAUAAGGUUGAACAAUCUGAACAGAAUAACGUGAUCCUGGUUAACGAGAAAGUGAUCGAGGAAAUGAAGAAAGCAAAUAUUGAAGAUAUUCCAUCGGUUAUUGUCAAGCAUGGAUUAAGUGAAUGGGGAGCUCAAGAUGUUGCUAAAAGAUUCGUUAAUCUGGUCAACAAGAGUAAAGUUAAAUCAUUUAAAUCAGCCAGAAUAUUAGAUGAAAAUCAGAUGCCCAUUAAUUUGAAUAAGGAUUUAUUCAUUUUUUACAAGGUCUCUGAAUCGCUCCACCAGAAGCACCAGUUACUGGUUACAUGUUUGGAAAGGGUGUUUACUUUGCCGAUAUGGCCACUAAAAGUGCCAACUAUUGUCAUCCACGAAGUAACAACAACACUGGUAUACUUGCCUUAUGUGAAGUGGCACUUGGUGAAAUGCUGGAACUUACUCAAGCUGAUUUCAUCACUGAUCUUCCAAAAGGAAAACACAGUGUUAAGGGUGUCGGUAAAACGGCUCCAGACCCAAAGAAGUCUAAAACUAUCGAUGAAGGUGUUAUCGUUCCUUGUGGACCUGGAAAACCAACCGGCGUUAAAGACACUUCUUUACUUUACAAUGAAUUCAUUGUCUAUGAUGUGAACCAAAUAAAAAUUCGAUAUCUAUUGAUGGUCGAAUUUGAUAACAAACUAUUCUAAACUCAAGAUCACCACCGUAACUGACCAAAAGAAAAACUUGGUAACAUUGAGAAUGUUGUUAUUCCCAAAAACAGAAUCAACAAGUGAUUUAGUUGAUCUUCUUGAUUGUUAAUGUGACUUUUUUUCAUUUGUUUACAAUUAAAAACUAAAUUAACUCUACAAUUAGUCGAUAAUGUCGAAAAUUUUCAAAAAGAUUUCAAAAUUAUCUCUUUCAGAGUUGAUUGAAUUUCUUUCUUUCCUCAGGUUGGACAUUUAUUUUGCUCUUUUCACCCUUGGUUUCAUGUCACCAGGUAUUCCGACCAGUCAGUUUAUCCAAGACAAAUAUUGUAUUAAUCAACUUAAAUUGGAACCAUCGAUUUGUUUAAAUUUGGAAAAAUUAGAUGGACAAUAUGAGACAAUUAAAAACGAUGUUUAUACAUUUUCGAGCUGCAAGAUUUGCUGUUAGCGGCUAUUCAAAUUUUUUUUUCAAACCAUUUUUAGCUAAUUUUCAAUCGUUGGUCAAGAUUAAGCUCAUGUAACAAAACAAGUAAAAUGCCAAAGUUUAGGCAAAGUUAAUUCUUGUCCACUGUAAAAAUAAUCAAUAGUUUUACUAAUUAAGUUUUUAAGAAAAAUUCUAAUGCAUUGAUCAACUUUAACGUUAAAUUUUUUUUUUAUAGUUAAUUAUUUAAAUGAUUACCAAAAAUCAUGUUGUUGAUGAAAAAUGUUAAUUAUAAGGAUUAAAAUAAGUAAAAAAUGUUAUUUUUGAACAUAACAAUU